UAAAUGCAAAUGCUGGCCCUUUUCUGCAUCUGGCCCAUCUGCCUGAACCCUCCUCAUCAUAGCAGGCUAUGCAGAAGAAUCUGGAAGGUUAGAUAGGGCAAGUUACGGUACAGUUCAUUGAUCAGUGGGCGUGGAUUAUAGGUGGCACCAUCUAGGUGAGGCCUCUCUGCAUCUCUAACCCACAGAGGUCUGUAGAAGAGGGUCCCAACAUGAUGGCGCGUCUGUUCUUCUCCGUAGCCAUCACCCCCUGCAAGAUCCUCAAGUGCAACUCUGAGUUCUGGAGUGCCACGUCCGGCAGCCACGUCCCUGCGUCUGACGACGUGCCGGAGUUCUGUGCAGCCCUGCGCACCUACGCCCUGUGCACGCGGCGGACAGCCCGCACCUGCCGGGGUGACCUGGCUUACCACUCAGCUGUCCAUGGCAUAGAGGACCUCAUGAACCAGCACAACUGCUCCAAGGAUGGCCCCACCUCACAGCCACGCCUGCGCACGCUCCCGCCAGCCGGGGACAGCCAGGAGCGCUCGGAUAGCCCCGAGAUCUGCCACUACGAGAAGAGUUUUCACAAGCACUCAGCUGCCCCCAACUACACUCACUGCGGCCUCUUUGGGGACCCGCACCUCAGGACUUUCACAGACCACUUCCAGACGUGCAAGGUGCAAGGCGCCUGGCCGCUCAUCGACAAUAAUUACCUGAACGUGCAAGUCACCAACACGCCUGUGCUGCCUGGCUCUGCCGCCACCGCCACCAGCAAGGUAAGGGUAUAUGGCAAGGGUUGGCCGGGCCUGCAGGGUCACACUGUUAAGGCUCAGCUGGUACCAGAUGCCUCCAGCACUGCUGGGAUCUUUUUGUUGUUGUUGGUGGUGGUGGUGGUGGUGGUAGUAGUAGUGGUUUUUCGAGGCAGGGUUUCUCUGUAGCUUUGGAGCCUGUCCUGGAACUACCGCUGGAUUCUUACUGUCACUAAAGAGGCAAAUGGUUUAGAAAGGAAUGUUCUGGUCAUCCCUUGUCAGGAGAUAAACCAAUUUACAACUGUCUGUAUUCUGCCUCUUGUGUGGUAUUUCUCAGACUUCUAGAUACAGCUCAUGAGGGAAUCAUGACACCCCCCACCACUCCAGUGUCAGAAAUUAGCGUAUAAAAUAUAUAGGUUUAUUUGCUUAUUUGUUUAACUUUUCUAAGUAUUUCAUGCAUGGGUACUGAAUUUAAAUCAUUUCUACCCCUUCCCCCACUCCCAACUCAUGUGUCCCUCCCUCUACCUCUCAGGAGGCAGAGGAACGGCUCCACCCAAAAUGUAGUUGGUGGGAAACGUGAAGCUAGGAUUUGACCUCAGCCAGGACAGCGCCUGAGCCCAGCAUGUUCUCCGCUGCCACGGAGCCAGCUAAAGGCCACUCAUUCUCCAAGCCAAGGAGGGCUCCAUGUCGGGGUGUCAGAUCUUAAGUCCUGUUCCCCAGCCAGUGCCAGAGACAGCUGAGAUAUGACCCCAUUUCCCAGGCAAAGGGAUACUCCUACCAACCCCAAAUUACCUCAAACUUGCCAGGAGGUAAGAUACCAAGGUGAAGGGGCAGUGCUGCCGGGCACUGGGGACAUCUGCCCUCCUCCUCGCUGCCAGCCCUGUCACCAGAGCCCCCUGGGGCUCCCAGGCUGGCUAAGAGACAGUGGGUCUAUUUCCCCAGGAGGAAUGUGUUGAGAGACCACACGUUAGGCAGGGCCAGGCUGGCCCACAAGGCUGUUUCUGU